ACCUUUGCCACUGACAUGUACCAGAUAGUUGAGGAAACUGUUUGUGCUCUGCUGCCAAUUAUCCAGAAUAAGCCAUUUGCAUUUUUUGGCCACAGUAUGGGGUCCUAUAUUGCUUUUAUGACUGCACAGCACCUAAAAGAAAAAUAUAAGCUGGAACCAAUGCAUUUAUUUGUGUCCAGUGUAAAUGCUCCUCAUACUUAUGUUUUUAAGGCCAUGUUGGCUCACCAUCAAAAAGGGAAAGCAAUGUCAGACGAACAACUUCACUCAUUCCUUUUGAGAGUCGGAGGCACGCAGAUGGAUGUUCUUAAUGACAAGGACUUUCCUGAAUACUAUAUUCACAUUAUGAAGGCAGAUAUGCACAUCAUCACAAAUUACAUCUUCAAAGCACCAUCUGAGCCUGUUCUAUCUUGUGACUUAACAUGCUUUCUGGGAACUGAAGAUAUAGUAAAGGAUGUGAAAGCCUGGAAAGAUGUAACCAGCGGAAGGCUUGAUACUCUCAUGCGUCCAGGAAAUCACUUCUAUAUCAAGGAGCCUGCCAAUGAGGCCUUCGUCAGGAACUACAUAACCAAGUGUCUGGAGCUGUCCAUGUUUUAGAGAAUUUUAGAGAAUUUUUCUUUUGGUUCUAAAAAAGGCAAAAUGAUUAUAUGAUACUCUUUUUAAUUUUUCAGAAGUAGAUCAUUAGUUUUAUUCUGAAAUUGGAAUGUUACGCAUUUGCUCCUGUCAAGUGAUCUGAUAGCCAUGAAUGCACUGCUCCUGGGUUGUGUAUGUGCCUGGGGCCAAGCGACAAUGGACCCUGCACACUUCCAGAAGGGUCCUUUGUCUUUGCAUCCAAAUCUCCUUUCAGUUUCCUCUGUAGGAAGUCUGUCGACAAAGUUCCUGCUUGGUAAAUCAUCCACUAUUUCUCCUUUCAAUUAUUUUAACAGUGAAAAUGACCAGGGACAUGAUUGAAAUUAAAUUAUUGUUUCUUUCAUCUACACACUAGAGCUCAAAGCUUGAUGUAAUCUUUUGAAAUACAAGGUUAUCCCAUUUAAUAAGAAAAUAUAACCUACUGCUUGGUUAAAACAAGACAGUCCUGAAUGAUCACUGCCAUCUGUUCUGCUCUGUCCUGAGAAUGCCUCUAAGCCCUGGCCCUCUUCCAAUGGGUUCCCCCUCCGCAGACUGCCAGUUGGCUCUCCGUAGCUCUGCUGCUGCGCAGGCAAUGACUGCCUUUGCCCAGGGGGAGUCCUCCCAUGGACAGCCAAUCUAGAAUCUGGCUGUUGGUAUUUGGAGUAGCCAAGUAUACAAAUGCCACAUCCCACAGGCUACCUCUAAAGGGCCAGCAGGAGGGGUCCUGUGGUCUGGGGAGGUUCUGCAUCUCGACUAUAUGAAUGGCAAGGCCCUGGUUGAAUUUUGGGCACUGUUACUAUGAGGGGAAAAAUGGGUAUCUGUAUUAUUUCUUGCAAACACAUGUGAAUCUAAAAUUAUCUCAAAAUAAAAAGUGUAACAACAAAUCCAGCUUGAUUUCUAAUUUGGAAAAUUGGGGGAAGUGACAAUGAUUCACAUUUCUACUAAGCUUUCAGUAAGUAAGCCUUUUUCGGUGACCACUUGAUGUGGACAUGGGGAGGGAGCAGGACAGCUGGAAACAAGUGGGGGGCUAACAGAGGGAAAAGCAGAAAUAGGGAAGAAAUGAGCUGGGUCAGACAACUAAGAACACUAUCAAUGGGACCCACAGGUGCCUCCUGAUGACGAUGAAGAGGCACCUGCACCUUGUCUCCGAGCUGUGCGCACCCUGCUGUCUCUGGCAGCACCCAAUGCCUGUCUGUCGGAAUCCCGGCUGUUCUGUCCGACACCCUGGUUUCCUUACUUCCUGUGGGUCUUCACAAUGAACUCUCCCACUUGACUGAUGUAACCAAUGUCUCUUUUUCACAGCUUAAACUGCUUAGCCCAGUUUUGGUAUAUAUUAAAACAUUAACUUUUAAAGCACUGAUAUGUUUAUGAUCAUGUAAUGAGUUCGUGUUUUUGUUAACAAUUUUUAAAUCAUAUAUAAAGAGUUUUAGUAAAUAAGAGCAAAGGAAAUGCAUACAGGAAGUGUUUUUUAGAAUUCAUCAUUUCUUUUUAACAAAGUGCAAAUAACAUAAAACCCAUUAUGAAGAAAGGGCUUUGAUUUAGAAUUCACAUAAUAAAUUUGGGCUACAAAUAGCCUCAAGCAAAUGAAGUUAGACAUUUAGUAUGUGCUAUGCUCUCUCUACUCACUGGUAUAUGACUUACAGGUUCCCUUACAGAAUGAUGGCUACUAAAGUAAUAUGGAUUCUCAAUUAUUAAUUUAAACAAUUUUCAGUUAAUAUAGUACACAAAACCUCACGAGGAAGUCAAUGCCAGGCUUUUGGGGUGGGCUUUCUCCCCUGCCUCUCCCUCUGGUGGAGGUAAAGUCCACAUGGGAACAGCUCUGAGAGUUUCCCAGCCCUUUCCUGGAAGGAAGAACCAGGCCUCUCACUGCUGACUGAUGGUUUUUCUCACUGUUGGAUCUGGAUGUUGACUCCAUCGUGGAAGCCUUCUGACUGUCUUUAGGCAAAACUUAAUAGAAAUGAGAAUCACUGUUACUUCCCCAAAUUUUCCAAAUUAGAAUUCAAGCUGGAUUUGUUACACUUUUUAUUUUGAGAUAACUGUAGAUUCACAUGUGGUUGCAAGAAAUAAUACAGAGAGACCCAUUUUCCCCCUCAUAGUAACAGUGCACAAAAUUCAGCCAGGGCCUUGCCAUUCAUAUAGUCGAGAUGCAGAACCUCCCCAGACCACAGGGACCCCUCCUGCUGCAGUGGUGGAGCCACACCCAUGGCCCUCUGCCCCGCAGUCCCUGUUCUGCCCUCUAGGCCUAUAACAAGAAUGGUAGAGAAAUGGGCUCCUCCAGUGUGUAACCUUUUGGGAUUGUUUUUUUUCCCCCCACUGGAAAUUCAUCUAGUGAAUUUAAUUUUUUUUUAAAGCCACAAGAAAUCAACUUGUCCCUCUCGUCAUACCAUACCACACCUGAACCUUCAUGCAGGUAAUCGAGGUGCACUGCUUUGGGGAGAUUUGUAGCCUAUGAAAGCUCAAACAGAUUUUCCAACUAUUAAUGUGGGACUACCUUCUUUCAGAGAGCUCAAGAACCAGCAGGAAGGACUGAGCAUUGGGCCAACAAGAUAUUUCAGGCUCUACACUGUCACUCUGAUAAAACUCAACAGAAGAGUACAGUGAGUCACACCAUCUAUCACCACUAGACAUUGCAUUUCAAUUUGAUUUCUUAUUUGUCUUAAACAUAAAAAUUUAAAGAAAAAAUAGCUGUUAAUCCCAUGGUAUUUUUCUUUUCCUUUGAAGAGCUAUAGACUGGUAAGCUUAUUUUUUGAAAACUACCUUAUUUAUUUUUAGGUUUUAUGUAGCAUAAGCUUUAAAGUACAAGUAGAAUCAUCCAAGUUAUCUCAUUCAAUUCUUACCACCCUUUGAGACUGGUAUUUUUCUCCCGUCUCUACAGAUGAGGCUUAGCAAGGUUAAGUGCUUGCCUAGGUCACCUAAUAGCUGCCCCACAGGGUGAGGAAGGACUGGAACCAGGACUGGAGUCAGGCCCUGUGUCAGUGUGAACCCCACAGCCACACGGUGCCACAAAGGGAUAGUUUGCUAUUGGUUCUUUAAAAACUGCUGAUUCCACCAGUAAUACUAACCCCCAGUAGAAAAA